CUUUUGGUUAGAAUAAAGGUCUCUUUGGUAGUUGAGGAGUUAAGGAAAAGAUAAUCUUAUGUGAGACAAUGUGAAGCAUCAGAGGGCUUUAACAGGAGUCUGAGCUAAUGAGAUUAGGUAGCCCCAGCCAUUUCACUGUAGUUUAGGACCUCCUUUUGUAAUCCCUGGGAUUACCUUUCUACAUUCUCUAUCAUUUGCUGCUCCGUUGAAUUCAAGGAAGCUUCCUCUUUUCCAACAUUUCAGCAUUUAUUUGGUGUAAUGAUAAAGAUCAUUAUCGAGAUUGAGUUUUCACUGUAAGAUAAAAUAUGGGUUGGGGUAGAAGCAGUUAUUAAAAACUGAACAGCAUCUUAGUUCUGGAGAUAAACUAUAAGAAGACAGAUCCCGAAGAGUAAAAAUCAACAUGCACCCUUCAAGACUUCUGUGGAUUUAACUUUGGCAACUUCUCCGAAAAACAAAAUCACAAUGCCUCUCCAGAAUGUAAAAGUGGCUGAUGAAGGAAGUGUGAACUUUCAGAAAGUGAAAGAAGAAUGCAUAACUGCAGUAGAAUCCCUCCACAAGGUGGUAGCUUGUUAUAGGCACUUGGCCCUAACCAUUGGAGGCUCAUCAGAUAGCAUUCACCUCCGCGAUGAGUUGAGGAGAACUCGAGAAAGGGCCCAAGAAUUGGCAGUAUGUAACAGGAACAAAUUGACUACAGCCCUUCGAGACAAAAAGCUCUCAAAAAAAGAGCGCGAGGAGCUAGAACGCUUGUGGGUUGAGUUCUCCAGCUGCCUUGAGCUUUUUCACAACGACAUGUGCAAGGUGUAUGAGUUGGGAUUGGCUGUACCUCAUUCAGCAACAAAUAAGCCUGCCAUCCAGACUGGCUCUACAGGAGACACUUCCGCUAUAGCCUCAAGGGCACUGAAUGUCCAGAACAUCAAUUACAGCGAUUCACCAGCGAACAAAGCGAGUCGGGAGUACAAAGAAAUAGAGGAGGAAAUUCUGAAAGUGGAUAAUAUGAUCACUGACAUGGAGAUGAAAGUUAAUGUUUUAAGAUGGACUGUAGAAGCUAACACACGCAUUAAUGAUGAGCUUAAAAGCACCCAUGAUUCAUCAUCAGUGGUUCUGCUUUCAGAGGAAGAAAGCAAUAGUAAGGGCUGUUGCAGUGAUGGACAGUUAAUUGUGUCCUUGCUUUUUUGUGGAACAGCCCUCGUAGCUAUUACUCUCUAUUCUAUUCUGUAAAGGAAUUUAAAUGUAAAUGUUUUACCAACAAAAACAUCAGAAUAUGAGGCCAUGAAAUAUUAGUUACAGCAAUUUCUUAGGUCUAAUCUAAUAAUAAAAUAUACAGGCCUAUCUAUACAGAUUGUACCUCUGCCUAAUAUGUUGUAUAUUACAGCAACUUUGGAUAUUUUUUUAAAAAUUGUGAGUGUGCCACCAGUUGGCCAUCACAGCAUUAGAGUAAGAGGAACCACUCACACAGCUGGCCUAUCAACACAUCCUGUAUCCAAGCAUUUACCAUACUUGUCUAGCAUAUAAUUUAUAGAUAGAAAUGCCGAAAGUGGCAUCUGGAUAAGUAGUUUAAUUAAUUGGCUUUGCAUUGCUAAAUCAGCCAGGAAUAUUUGUUAUAUAAAAAAAACGGUCUGCCCGUGUUUUUUAAAUACACUGGUCACAUAAAAUACCCUUGGUAACAUAGGUAUUUGUAAGUUUGAUAUAAAGCAUUUAUGAACAGUUGCAUAUAUUAAAAUGGUUGGUUCCAGACAGAGCUGCCUUCAGAAAUUAUGGAACCCCAUAUACCAGCCUGUCCAUGCACAUUAUACCCCAAUCCACCCAACCCCCUUCAAAGCAGUUUGGGUCCCUGAUAGGACUCUUGCCAUUCACCUCCAUCCCUCUACUGUGGUUAAAACAAAAAUGAUUUAAAUAUUUGUUAUUGAAGCAACAUAAUUGAUCAGUAGGUGGUUCAUCUAUGCUCGGCCUUUGAACACAGGUAUGGGACCUGUUAUCCAGAAUGCUGGACAUGGGGUUUCCUGGAUAAGGGAUCUUUCUGUAAUUUGGAUCUCCAUAACUAAGUCUGCUAACAAUCAUUUACCUUUUGUAUAAACCCAACAGGAUUGCUUUGCCUCCAGUAAAAAUUAAUUAUAUCUUAGUUGGGAUCAAGUACAAGGUACUGUUUUAUUAUUACAGAGAAAAAGGGAUCAUUUUUAAAUAUUAUAAUUAUUUGCUUAUAAUGGAGUCUGUGGGAGAUGACAGGUUGCACCCCAGCAAUCAGCUGCCAAAAUUCCAAACUAAAGAAAUGCAAAAUAAAAACAAAAAUCAUGGCAAAGAAUGUCAUCAAAGUUAUGCCACUGGCUCACUUUGCUACAUUACCAGGUUAAUGAUGUCAAAUUCAAUAUUUUAUCACAUGAAACUUUGCAUCCACUGUACAACAAUUGCUCAAAUAAAAAUGAUUUGGGAAAAAU